AUGAUAGUCAACGAGGAUUUUCUUAGUAAUAACGUUAGCAGGAACGAAAGUUCCCUUGUCGUGUCUACUCAAAGAUGCUAUUUCCUCGAUUCACUUAACAACUAUGAAGCUGGAGGACUUCUCUAUAUUGAAAGCAUAGUGACAACCGUGAUAAACUUUAUCGGCACCUUUAUCGCUUCUUUUGGCAAUGGAAUCAUCCUGUUAACAUUCUGGAAAUCGAAACAGCUUCGAUCAAAAUCUCAACUAUUUCUUUGGUGCCUGGCUUUUGCAGAUUUUGUCACUGGUUCAGUAGUGCAGCCUUUCUAUGGCGCAUACAAGAUAGCUUACAUAACUGGGAAGGUUUCUACCAUGACGUGCGUUUUUAGAGUUAUUCUAGAGACGGUUGCUUGGUUCUCUGCCGCUUUGUCUUGUGCACUGGUUGCAGCCAUCAUUAGUGAGCGUUACCUUGCUUUACAUUAUCACAUGAGGUACCACGUUGUGGUAACUACAAAAAAGGUCGUCAUUCUCAUUGCAUUUCUUCUGGUCAAUAUGGCGAUUCUAUCCCUUUCAAGAUUCGCCAUGACAGAUGUCACUCCAUUUUUUUAUGUGAACAUCGCUGGUAUACUCUUUUCACUUUCUACCUUAAUAAUUUGUUACUGGAAAAUCUACAAGCACGUUCGUCGACAUUUUCGACAAAUACAAGAUCACGGUUCUAGAGAGAGCAGGAGAAAAGAUGUACAGCGACUGAAAAAAUCCUCAAGGAACAUGGCAUACGUUGCUUUAUUGUAUAUAAUUUCUUACAUGCCAUUUACAUGCGUCCUAUGCGUUUACUUGUCUUGUGGCUUCACCAGCAGUGUAGAAGUUGCUUAUGAUGUGACACGCACUGUGGCAUUUAUGAAUUCAUCAUGGAAUCCUUUUAUUUAUUUCUGGAAAUUAAAAGAGUUACGGGAAGCGGUUAAGAAAGUGAUGAGGUAUACCUCUUGA